AUGCCUCGUUCAAGCAGACCUAGGGUACAACUAAGUGAAGAAGAAAAGAAAGCACGUAGACGAGAGCAAAAGAAAAUGAGCAUGCGAAGAGCUAGAGCCAAAUUAGGUGCUGUUGCAUUAGAGGAAAGACGUAGAAAAGAUAGGGAACGAUAUCAUCAAAAGAAACAAGAGGGUUUAAUAAGAACUAUUAAAGAUUUUACACCUAGACAGCAGAGACAAAUGAGAAAAAUGUGGCGUGAAAAGUCGCGGCUGAAACGCGAGAAAGAAAAAAUAAGAAAGCGUACAGAAGAAAUGCUUAAUGAGAAUACACCACCUUCCUCCCCUUGUUCAGCUUCAUCGCGUGUUGCUCUAGACGCCCAUUCAAGCCCAUCAUCGGUGCCUAGCCCAACUUUGUCGCACGGAACAGCAUCUGCAUCUACUGUCUCUGGAUUGAGACUACCACUUUCACCUCUAAUGUGCACACCAUCGCCUAACCGUUCAGAUAAUGCUACGCCUAAGCCAUUUACUCCAAGAAAAAGUUUUUUUUUAGAGAGUAACUUCUGUGAUGAAUCGGUAUAUAAAUCCCUAAGUAAAUUAUUUGCUCGCCUCUUCGCACGCGUUAUCCGAAAAAGAUUGUUGAAGAAUUCAGUUAUACAAGGCUAUUGGGUAGUUCAUCAUUAUGUACAUCGCUCUUAA